UCGCUCCGCCGCCUCGGCCGGAGGAGGCGGAGCGGGAAGGGGUGGGGUGCGUUCGCUGCCCUGCCCAGCAAGGUGGGGCCUCGAACCCCGCCCGGCGCUGCCGGGGAGAGCGACCAGGGCCGGCCUGCCUGCCUGGGGACCCGCCGCCUCCGCUUCCGCCGUCAUGUUCUCCCUCCGAGCCCCCAAAGCCACCUUCAAGUCGUACCUGUUGCCGCAGGCUGAAGACAAGAUCAUUCCGGAGCCUCGACUUAAGAAACUGGAGCCUGUCCUACUGCCAGGCGAAAUUGUGGUGAACGAAGUGAACUUUGUGAGGAAAUGCAUCGCAACGGAUACAAGCCAAUACGACCUUUGGGGAAAACUGGUCUGCAGCAACUUCAAGAUAUCCUUCAUUACAGAUGACAGCCUCCCUCUCCAGAAGUUCCAGUACAAAAAUCUUCUCCUUGGAGAACACGAUGUGGCCUUGACGUGUGUAGAGCAAAUCGUCACAGUGAAUGAUACCAAGAGGAAACAGAAAGUCUUAGGCCCCAACCAAAAGCUGAAGUUUAAUCCAACGGAAUUAAUUAUUUACUGCAAAGACUUUCGGAUUGUCCGUUUUCGUUUUGAUGAAGCCGGACCGGAAAGUGCAAAAAAGGUUUGUCUUGCAAUAGCACACUAUUCACAACCAGCAGACCUCCAGCUGCUCUUCGCAUUUGAAUAUGUGGGCAAGAAAUAUCACAAUCCAGCAAAAAAGGUGAAUGGAAUAGACCCAGGAGGAGGAGGAGGAGGAGGAGGUGGUGGUUAUGGCAUUCAUCACCAGACUCCCUUGUUUGAAACGUUCUCAGACUGGGAUAGGGAGAUCAAGAGGACGGGAGCAUCCGAAUGGCGUGUCUGUUCAGUCAAUGAAGGCUACAUGAUCUCCACCAGUCUUCCAGAAUAUUUUGUGGUGCCCUCCUCUCUGGCGGAUCAAGAUCUGAAGCUAUAUUCUUACUCCUUCACCGGGCGACGGAUGCCGAUGUGGUGUUGGAACCAUUCCAAUGGGAAUGCUCUGGUGAGAAUGGCCCACAUCAAGGACAGCCUGCAACAACGAAAAAUAGACCAACGGAUUUGCAAUGCUGUCACCAGAAGUCAUCCACAGAGGAGUGACGUUUACAAAUCUGACUUGGAUAAAUGCCUGCCAAAUGUUCAAGAAAUCCAAACGGCUUUCCUCAAACUGAAGCAGUUAUGUGUGAAUGAGCCUUUUGAAGAAACUGAGGAGAAGUGGCUGUCCUUGCUGGAUAAUUCACGUUGGCUGGAGUACGUGAGAAUCUUCCUGAAGCUUUCUGCAGAACUGGUCUACAUGCUGGACAGCAAACACGUUUCAGUCAUUUUGCAAGAGGAAGAAGGGCGAGACCUGAGCUGCUGUGUGGCAUCUCUUAUCCAAGUGAUGUUGGAUCCCCAUUUUCGGACCAUUGCUGGAUUUCAGAGCCUGAUUCAGAAGGAGUGGGUCAUGGCCGGACACCCGUUUCUGGACAGGUGCAAUCACUUGAAGAAAUCUGACAAAGAGUCUCCUUUGUUCCUGAUGUUCCUUGACAGUGUCUGGCAGCUGCUUGAGCAAUACCCGUCGGCCUUUGAGUUUUCCGAAGCCUACUUGACCAUAUUGUACGACAGCACACGGAUCUCACUGUUUGGUACUUUCCUCUUCAAUUCUCCACAUCAGAGAGUAAAGCAAAGCACGGAAUUUGCCAUCAGCAAAAAUAUUCAGCUGGGUGACGAGAAAGGCCUGAAAUUCCCCUCCGUUUGGGAUUGGUCCCUUCAGCUCACGCCGCGGGAUCGUCUGCUCUUUCACAACCCCCUGUACAUUGGGAAGAGCACACCCUGCGUGUGCAACGGGAUCGUGAAAACCUUUAAACGGUCAAAGAAGAACUACAGCUCAACCCUCAGAGGCUUCCCAUCUUCCCUCAAGAACGGCAUCAUCAACGAACAAGACUUCUUCCCCAGAAGGAACUCCCUGAUCCUCAAACUAAAACCCGACUUCCUUCACCACAUGGAUAACACUACCAACGGCAUGGAACAGUAUUUCCGAGACUGGUUCUCCAAGCCAGCGGACCUUCACGGUGUGAUCCUACCCCGCCUCUCCAGGACACAGAUCAAACUCUGGAAACUCUGCUACUUCCGUUGGAUCCCCGAGGCCCAGAUCAAGCACGGGGGUUUCAUCACAGCCUUUCACAAAAUCUCUCUGUUGGCCGACGAGGUGGAAUCCUUGAACCGGAGCUUGAGGCAACACAACGGCAGCCCCCCAGUGUUGGCCAAUGCAUCCGAGCAGGACCAGAGCCGCCUGUAUUUCCGAGCCCACGGGCUUAAUGACGGUCCCACCACGCCCGACUUUCUCUCUUCCGCUUUUCCAUUCUCCCCCGUGGGCAACCUUUGUCGGCGCAGCAUCCUGGGCACACCCCUGAGCAAAUUCUUGAGCGGUGCCAAAAUCUGGUUGUCCACGGAGACCCUUGCCAACGAAGACUAACCCUGGGAGCGAACGAAGAAGAAGAAACAACGUUGGUCUUAACCCGACACUGCUAGCCAGAAGCUGUCCUGACUUUAUAGGCCGCGUUGAUGUUUUUGCACAAAGUAUUUAAAGGCAAAAUCCUCAUGUUUUCAUAAUGCACAGAAUAUUAUUAUUAUUAUUAUUUUUGUUUCAUUUUGUUUUAAUGUUGCAGCCGAUCCGUUGAUCGUCUUGUCUUAGUUUCACCCGGGAUUCUUCCUGCUGUCUUGGUUGAUAGGGAAGUUGAUUCACCCUCUUUGAUAACACCCAUCCAUCAAAAGUUGGGCAUCAUGUUUCGUUUCUGUUUUGGGAGGUUUCCUCUUUUGGAGUUGCCAGCUGAAGCCUGCAGCUUGACAAGCGGGAUGAAGGAAGAGGAACAGCAAAGAAAAGGAAAAAAAAAGAGAGAGAUUUGCAGGGUGACAAACCAGUGCAAAAUACUAGAGCAAUGUCGUCCCGUUCUCCUCCCCCCGCCCCCCCCGCCCCGGUGAUAGAACAAUCCCAUGAUGACUUCAAAGUUCACUUUGCUGUGAAUUUCAGCCAGAACUUUUACCCUUCCAUUGAAGUAAUUUUAAGUUUAAGUUAAUUUAAGUUUACGCCUCCCCUUUGGUCAUCAUGGUUAUGUUUGGCCCAGCUCUCUUAUUUAUUUAUUUAGGCUUUGAGGUUGCCUUGUAGUUUACAAAAAUCUGCCUCCCGAAUUGCGUACGCUGCCAAUGAGUUGUUGCUGGUGGGACGGUUGGUGUCUCUUAGCUGAUUAAAAUCAGGAAACGAGAACAACAACAACAAAAAAACCUAGCUGGAGAAAUCUUACGUCUUUAACCUGGUUAAAGGGUAAAGAGAAACAACUGCCCAUAUUGGCUCCAGACAUCGUGGUUUGAGACCGUUCUAUCAGCAUGUAUGCAAAAAACCAACAUUUUUUUAAACACUAGCCUUAAAAGUGCCUUUUCUUGCAUUGACCAUUAGUAUUUGUCCGGAACUCAGUUACAUUCAUUUGAUAAGCUAACAUUUUGCCUCUUGAUGAUGUAGCCUGUUUCCAGUCUCCUUCAUAGUGAUUUCUGGGGGUGCUUUAAGGAUUGUGAUCCUCUAGCCAGGAAAAGAAAUCUUAACUGACAGAUUGAUAAGUAUUACUGACUGUGAAUGGGCCUUGAAUGGGUUGGUUAGAAUCAGCAUUCUUGGAAGGAAACAUUGUUUUAUAUACAGUUAUGGACUCUUUUUUUUCUUUCUUUCAGUUUAGUUCAGUGUUUCUCAACCUUGGCUACUUUUAAGGUGGUGAACUUCAAACUCCCGGAAUGGCUGGGGAAUGCUGGGAGUUGAAAUCCAACCGUCUUCAAGUUGCCAAGAAUGAGAAAUGCUGAUUUAGGUUGAAUUCAACCAAAAUGUUGGUUGAAUUUGUUUAGGGCCCCUGAUUGCAGACUCUGACGGGUGGUGUGCAGCAUGGGGGGAUUUUAAGAAGAUUUGGGGCAAUCUGGACAUGCCAGGGACAUCCAGUCAUGUGUCUUGUCUGAGUGGGUAGACAUUUGUUUUCUGCCAUCCGGUAGAUGGAAGGCCUAGUCAGGAAGCCAUGGAAACCUAGCCUGUUUUGUGAAACGGAUAGCUCUCUGGAAGAUGGCUUGCGUUCAGCUCCUUUGGGAGAAGAUGACACCCCCAGUGGUUCUCAAAUAUUUGUGAUACUGGCAUUGAUCCAACAGUAGACAAAUAGCACAUCGUUACAGUUCUGCUGUUGGGACAAGGAAGGAAGGGCUCCUGCUUGUCCCCCUUCCCCACAUGCUCCGUGUGGGGCAAUCUGGGAACCGAGCGUGCCAUAGGCAACCUGUCUCACUGAUCCCUGUUGAAUUGGGGUCCCAUUAUCCAGGCUGUUAAUGAUCUCCUCCCUUCCCACCCCUGAAUUUCUACAGUGGGUCACCCAGCUGUUGAUCCUUCAAGGACAUUAAUUACAUAACUGAAGUCUUUAUCUUAAUCAUCUUCAAUGGAGCAAAAGUUUCAAUUUUCCUGCUCUUGAGCUUCUUACUUCCAGGAUUUUUCGUAGGAGUGGGAGAAAUCACUUCCUUUUUACUAAGGUGACUUUCUUACGGAUUCUCUACUUAACGCUUAAUAGUCUUAAUGGCAUUUCAGAUGUAUCAAAUUUUGCUAAUUAAAGCGGGAUGAGUAUAUAUAUUUUGCAAAAAGAAAAGAAAAAACGGUAACCACGUUAAGGUGAUUCACUUUUGAGAUGUGUAUUGUACGCCUGAACCCUCUUUUUAACAGGAAUUUUUUAAUUGUGCAUUUUUGUAACAUGUGACUUUUACUUUUUUUUAACCCUUGUGGGAUGGUAGAACUUUGCCUUUGAAAUAGUUGCCCUGAUCAAAUGGAAAGAAUUCGUGUGAUGGUCGUGUGUGAAGCAGAUAUAGGACAGGGGUCUCCAGCCUUGGUCCCUUUUAAGAUGUGUGGACUUCAACUCCCAGAGCUCCUCAGCCAGCAAAGCUGGGAGUUGAAGUCCACAAGUCUUAAAGGGACCAAGGCUGGAGACCCCUGAUAUAGGAGAUUAACUAGAAUUAGGUAGACCUUUGGUUACCCAUGUCAGGACAUCUGUUGAUUUGGCAGGAAAGAGGCCUCAUGAAAUAAGCAUUAUUUACCGUUAAGUCAUCGUGCUUAGCAGGAGAACCUGACAUGGGGUCUCGGACCAUAGAAUCUUAAUUAGUCUUAAGUGAAAAUACCUCUUUGAAGUGAACAUGGUGAUCAGGAAUGAAGGGAAGUUGCGAGAGAAUCACCCUUGGGAACCUGUUGGCCUUUCAGAUGGUCUAAAUGAUCUUUUUGGGUGCCGAUGAAGACUUCUAAAACCAGGCUUUCCGACCAAGCAUCUUUUAAGACGUGUGGACUUCAACUUCCAGUGUUCCCCAGCCAACUUCUGGUAGUCGACGUCUACACAUCUUAAAAGUUUCAUGGUUGGGAAACCUUGGGCUAGAAGUUGUUUGGCUUAGCAACCUCUGAAGCCUCCACAAAUCCCAUCCUUUUCCUGGGCACAAGUUGUUCAGAUGUGAUGGCCCAACUCUCAAAACAUCCCAGACUGAUCACCUGAUUGCGGUAGCUCUGCCAGUGCCUUUGUGUGCCAUGUGGUGAUGUGGAGAAGAUGAGAUAGGGUGGUUGAUUGAGGUGGAUGGCUGCUCCUUGGUCUUCAUCCUGGACAGGACAAAAGGGUCCUUUUCCCCAAAGAAGGAAUUGUUAGGGAACUCCAGAAGAUAGUAGAGCUUCUCUCAAGGUUUUAAUGCCCAUCGUAGACUUGAGAAACAAGGAGCAGCUGCCUCGAGACCAUGAAUGGUCUGUUUGUCAGUCUGGCUCUUCUCUUACCUUCUGCCAACUCAAUGGCGCUUGUGAACUUAAAGUAGGGGUGGGGAUUCCUCCCCAAACACCAGUGAGUAGCCCCCAUAUCUUAACUCUUUUUCAAAGCAGGUACUUUCCACGGUGAAGUUUUUGUAACUGCAAAACAAGAGAUGGCUAUUUUUGUACGUUUGUUUAAUAGCAAGAGGGCUGCUUGAGCUGAAGGAGGCGGUUGCUGUAAUUAAACUGUGUAAAAAUAAUAAUAAUUAAAAAAAAACUCACCAUUUUUGAUACUGUCAAGUAGAUUGUAGCUGCUGCGUGCCGGAAGGCGACUGUGGGUGUUUUUUUUUUCUUGGGUGUAUAAUUUUCUUAGGCAGAUCAGCAAUCCUAAAGAUGCGAUUCACCCUGGCAGAAGGUCCUUCCUUUCAAUUCUGGUGCUUUUGCGUGUCCUUCCUGUUAAAUUCUGCCUUUUUUUUCUUAAGUGUAUUUUAAAAGUCAACCAUGCUUGACUUUUUUUUUUGCAAGGAAAAGUAAAUUAAGCUAUCAGGAAAGUGGAAUUCUGGACUCUUUUAUGAAAAUGGGACUGGAGAGAGAAAUCCCAUUUUUUAAAAAAAAAUGCUUUUGGAAGAGACUAAAGCAGAGUUGUCCAUCCUUGGCAACUUUAAGUUUAAGACUUCAACUCCCAGAAUUCCCCAGCCAGCAUGAGGGAAUUGGCUGGCUGGGGAAUUCCGGGAGUUGAAAUCCACGAGUCUUGAAAUUGGAGACCCCUGAUCUAAAGUGUUGAUGUUCCUAAGCAAAGGUCUGCUUGAGCACAGCAGAGCUGACAAGGAGAACCUCCUUCCAUCUGCCAUCAUGUAUGAAAUUGCAAAUAAAUGAGACUUACUAAAAAUCAA